AUGGAAGUCCUUGAGUUCCUGUUGUACUGCGAAGGCACUCGCUUCACAGAGAAGAAACACCAGAUCAGUAUGGAAGUGGCAGAGAGUAAAGGCCUGCCCAAGCUCAAAUACCAUCUGCUGCCCAGAACCAAAGGCUUCACCACAACACUGAAAUGCCUCAAGGGCACAGUAUCUGCCGUGUAUGAUGUCACACUGAAUUUCAAGGACCACCAGGUCCCCACUCUGCUGGGCAUAAUCAACGGCAAGAAAUACAUGGCAGAUAUGAAAAUCAGGCGGUUCCCUGUAGAUGAGAUCCCAGAAGAUGAGAAGGAGUGUGCCAACUGGCUUCAUAAGCUUUACCAGGAGAAGGAUGCUCUGCAAGAACACUAUCAUAAAGAGGGCACUUUCCCAGGUCCCACCAUCACCCCUCCUCGCCGGUUGUGGACGCUACUUAACUUCUUGUUCUGGGCGACCCUUCUGCUCUCGCCCCUCAUAAACUUCGCCUGCGGUGUGGUGGUCAGUGGCUCCCCCCUCCUCAUCCUCGGCUUCAGCCUCUUCCUUAUCAUUGCCUCUAUAGCCAUCCGGCGCCUGAUCGGUGUCACCGAGAUAAAGAAGACGGGCUCCAGUUACGGCGACGAGGGGGCUAAGAAACAGAACUAGAACUCUCCCUCCUGACCGCAGUUGGUCGCUCUCGUACGGUCGUCCUGCGGUCCCCCUCCCCUAUUCUGUUGUCCUGAGGUGCGAGUAAGCACUCCGGGGAGGGGGGUCAAACCGAUUUACACCAGAGAUGGAUCUGGACGAUGAGGGAAGGAAGAGAGGGAGGGGUUUGACCAUGGGAGGAGUGUAGAGAGAAAAAGGAGACCAUCUGCAGCCAGCUCUCUAUGGAGUAGGAGAUGGCAGGACUGAGAACGGGAGGUACUGCUGUGAACAUGCUCCUUGCCCCCUUAUCCAACCCCCUCAGACCCCCCGCCACCUCGCACUCUUCGACUCCUUUGACCCUAGGAACCAAGCCUAUCAGCAGCUUUCCUUUCCAUAACUUUCUUUUGAAUUUAGUUUUUGAUUUGAGGUUGAGGUGUUACUUCAGUGUUCACCUUGUAACAUACAGUACAGUAUAUCUCCCCCCUCGUUCUACCGAAAAAGCCCGGCAGAGCUCUACAAUGCGACCAUUUUCCUCGCAUAUGCGCCUAAAUAUGUUGCUGUGCGCCUAGAAAAAAAUGACCCAGAUGAUAAUUGUAGCAAUGAUAUCACUGUACGGCAGCCCCUUAGUGCCAUGGCGAAUACACCGAGCGCAAAUUCAUGACCGUGGUAAUUGCACCAUUACUACAUUGAAAACGGCUUGUUGCCUCCAAAAAAAUGUCAUUGUGCUCUUUCUUUGUGUACUUGUACAUUUUUCAACUUCGGCGCACGUAUGCUCCCUGUACAAAAAGGUCAGUGUAGAACCCUGCCAGGUUUCCUCUGAGCAAAAAAGGUGUUUAUUUUCACUGUGCUUCAUCUCUCUGCUGUGGGAACCAUUUUGUAUUCAUGAGCAAAUAUAAUGGGGUGGUUCUAUGAUUCUACAAGUCUAUGCAUUCUUACCAAGACAGUCAGUAAUAUUCAACAGCAGCCAAACUAGCUAAGGGACUUAUUUUCAACAGCAGAGAUGGAACUUCCAGUGUUUUAAAUCCUGAGUCAGGGUUCUAUGUGUUAAGACUACAGUAAGGGCUCUGUAUUCAUUAACUUCAUGGUAACUAACUACUUACUAACAUUGGCAUGAUAUUCCACUCCACUAUUCCAACGCCCCGGCUUCUGACCGUAAUUAUUUUAUGUAUGUAGGUUUUUACAGCAUUCUCCAUUGCUUGCUCACAAGUAGAUAUCUGCACACAUAUUACCAUGUCAGUUCCUGAGUGAACUAUGAACUUGUUCUCCUGCCAUCUCUGCUCUGGUUUAAACAUGCUAAACCACCCCCAGGGUUAGUGUGACCUCUUUAUAAUAACCUUGAUCACCAAUUAACCCUAACCCCCAGCUACCUUUUUUAUAGCUGAGAUGCAGUACUUACUGAAUGAAUGAGUUGUUCUAAUGAUCGAAGCUGAGAGCUGCUGGUCUCACUGCGAUCCCCUUCUCUCCUUAAACAGUGAUGGGGUUGGUAGUGGCAUUAGUGUAUGGAACACGGAACUUAGUCAUGUCCAAUUGUAACCUCAUUACUGAAAGAACAUUUGAUUCUGCUGUUCAGCUCUAGACUGUAGUAAUGUUUGCCUUAAUUCAAGUUUGCUUAAGCUAGGGUGAUUGUUUGAUUGGUUGCUAGGUUUCCUUCCCACCUCAUUUCUCCCUCUGCUACAGUCUUCUAUUCAGACACACUCCACCAACCCUUCAUCCAUAAUGGUGCACUGUGGGUAGUUGAGUUUUCUCCAGGGUAGUACUGACAUGUUUAUGGGUUUAUUAUGCCCAGGUAUAUGUUGAGGUGUGAGGAUCAGUAGGAUCUUAUUAUCAGUAGCCACCAAUAACAUGAUGUUACUAAAGCUACUUACGGGUCCUGAAUAGUUCUUAUUAUUAAUUGUUUUUUUCUCUUUUUAUUUUGCUGCUAUUCAUUGUAUGGCACAGCGCCACCCAAUGCUCAGGCACUGCAACUGCACUUGCUUUCAAAACAUGUUACAUUGUUUAUCUCUACUCAUUGGACAAUUAUUUACACUCUGAUGGUAGUCUGAAUGGUGACCCGCCCCAUCUGUGGUCUGAGGGGUUGGUGUAUAGGGAGGCUGAGGACUCCUUUAUAACUGGGAUUGACAUGAAAGCAGAACUCAAAGAUGACAGGUGACUGGUAUUUCCCCAGUGCAACAUGCAAACGUGGUAGCAACACGUCAUCACUAGUCUAUAGAACACCAUCCUGUUUCAACGUCACCAUCUUUUCUCCCUAUGUUGAUGUCCUUUGUUAUUCUUUUUAUUUUAGCGUUAAAUGUUUUUUAACCAGGACAGAUUCAUGCAAGCCUUAAGACAGAGUGCAGCUUCAUUGCAUUGUGUGUGUGUGUGAACAUAGACAACACUUCCUCAGUAGUAUUAAGUUUUGAUUGGCAAGUAGUGAGGGACACUGACUCAGUAAGAUUCACAUAAAUCUGCCCUCUGUUAAAAUGAUGAGGAACUCCUGUUUUAUUUCUCACUACAGAAAAAAGUAGUUAGGGUUAGUUAAAGUAUAGCUAUUUGUAAAGCUGAAGAGAUGAGGGUCCCAUGAGAAUCUUCUCCUAGUUACAGUCAUAGUUAAGAGGGCCCCAUUUUAAUAAUACUUACUGUCCCAUGAUGCUUCUGUGUUCGAUACCUCUGUUACAACUCCUGUUACAUCGCUCAACUGUCAACACAACUGUUACAGUAGCUUAGGAGAUAUAUGUUCUAAGUUUUGGGCCAUGAUGUUCUCAUCUCCAGUCUACUUCCCAUAACUCCAAACUACAGUACCACCUCUCCCUCAUGUAUCUAUCAGUCCAGCUCUGUGUAUAAGGUGUAUAUAUUUCCAGUGCAACAGAACAUGCAGAGAAAUUAACCUGUGGGUUUUUACUGGGGGGAAAAA